GCUUACACCACCCACCCCCACUCGAUGAUCUCAUCAGCCUGCCUGAGCACAUGGCAACGAACCCACAUACGCGUAACGCUGAAUGCCUUGACUACUUGGAUUAAGCCUUCAUUCUCAAAGUGCUUCGGAUUUUCGUUGCCCGCGCUGUUGUAGCUCACUGCCCUGUUGAGAAAACGGGGACGUCCCACCCGGUCUCGCCAAGUUAGGGAUUUUCAAUUUCAGGAACCUUCGCGGUAGUAAUGGGGAAGUUGAUAAUGAGGUUGGUAGCUAGGUUGAUGGAGGUGGGAGGUAGAACGCUUGUGCAUGCGGUUAGUCGGGUAGGGGAGAGAACACAUGGGAGUGACUUGUUGAAUCAUAAGGUGGAUGAGUCGAGAGAGUUGAUCAGAGGCGGGGAGGGAAGAUGCUGCAGGAGAGCGUGUGGUCGAAAGUCAAGAGAGAAGGUGGAGGGCGUUGUGCCAGGGGGCGUUGAAAGAAUCUGGAGUUGUGAGGAUAGCGAGUGGCCGGGAGGUAAAUCGGGUUAUGUCGAAGAUAUCAACCCUGUGGUAUUCUUUUCCGAGUGUUGAGUCGUGUCUAAAAUGUCUUCUAACUUCG